GCUGCUUUGGAUGAUUCUGGAGCGUCAUUGGCGCAGGCCGACUGACAUGAUGCGGCUGAUCCCAGUUCAGGAUGCUCCCAAAGCUUCCUCUGCAAACAAUGAAGAUGUGGAAGGACAUUGAAGAAAGGACACAUCAUUUCAAUUCUGGACUGAAAACACUAUAAGCCAUCACAUCAGCAUUGUCACUUUGACAUCCCAGUCAGCCUGAGAGACGCGAGUCCAGCUGACAGUGAAUCCAGCAAGGCAGAGAAGACAGCGUCACAGAGCAUCAGAGUGGAAGAAAACAAAAUCCUCAUUACCUUCACUCUUAUCAGCUCUGUCAGCAGGACAUGUGACCCGCUUUUUCCUCUAUUUUUGCUCAAAGACUUUCCGGCCCGGAGAUUUUCUCUUUUUUUUUUUUUAUCAAGAAAUUGCUACCUGCUAAAAUGUGAGAUUAAAAAGAUCAGCUCAUUCGUUUGGUUUUAUUGUGAGAAUUUCUGAAAGGGAUAUUUUUCACAAUAACUUCAGCUAUUUCACCAUGCACAGAGUACUUUGUCAGUUAUUGUCCUGCUGCAUUAGAGCUGCCAAGCUCUGAAUUAAGAAUAGAUCCCUGAGAGCGGCAGCGUUCCUUCUCACAAAUGAGAAUUCAGCUCAACCUGACAGGCUGCAUUUUAAUAAAGCACUGGCACAGAAAUCACCAUAAAACUUAGAUGAGGCCGACGACGGGCACCAUGCUCCAGCAGAACAACAACAACAACUACCCCUGCCUGAACAUGUCAGACUGCCCCCAGGAGAUGCUCCAGAAGGUCUCCAGAGCCUCGCUGCCCUUCCCCAGCAGAGUGGAGCUGGGCCUGGGAGACCUCCCUCUUAUUCGUGGCCUUCGAGCGUGGGCUCUGUGCUCCAAGAACCGCCGCAAGGCCGGCGGUCUGCUGGGGGGAGGUAAACCCCCCACAGCUCCCCCUCUGGCUAGAGGGACCUCGAUGUCCUGCCCCAGGCCUGCAGACGUGUACCUGAGCGGCUAUGGACUGCCCCUGGGACUUGACGCCAGACAGGCCGGAAUUGGAGCUUUGGUCACGGUGGCUACUCUGAAGACCUCAGAGGGCAGCGGGAAAACACAGACUCAAUGCCUCUUCCUCCGAACGGAGAAAGGGAGCUGUUUAUACUCUACUGCCAAGCCCAGUUCCGGUGCAUCUCCCAGCAUGGUUGGUGAAUGGCUGAGAGGAAAGAGAGGAGGUGGAGAGGGAGGAGGAGGAGCAGACCCUCCGUCUGCAGAGGCUGGAGCAAACAGGGUCAGGGUGCGAUCAGGCAGGCGGUGGAGGAAGUCCGGUAACACAGCUGGCCGGGAGAGGAAGGCAGUGAGCAGAGAGCGGCAGCAGAGGAGCUGCAAGAGGAUUGAACCCAGAGAAGUAAAGCAGGAAGAGCAAGACAAAGGACGCCUGGAUGGUAAACAGUUUCCCUGCCUGCAGCUGGAUAACAGCAGAGGAGGAGGAUGCAACAGUGUUUCCCCUAAAACCUGCACUCCAAAGAGUAGCUGGGAUGAGUGCGACGGAGGUGAAAGCCCAGCAAGAGGAGCUGGAAAUGAACUGAGCAUUCAGGAGGAAGGAGCAACAAGGGAGAGACAAAGGAAUGAUGAGGACGGAGGAGUUUCAAAUGCUGUUUUGGAUGCAUCAAACCCAGACCGAAACAGAAACACCAACAGGACCUCUGAUGAUCAAGAAAUAAGACGAGGUGAAGGAGUGGAGGAGCUGAAGGCCCUAACGUCUCUCCUGCCGGGUGACUUAACGAGGAGAGAUGAGGAGGCAAACAAUGGCAUGUCCGGGACGCAUGAGAGCAGCAGGGAGUUCAUGGUGACACCGAGUCACAGGAAGCCUGAAAAUGAAACAAAGCAAGAAACAGAACAAGAAACCAACAAAGAAAUGGAGUGUCCUCCUCUAGUCUUUAUUACCCAAACAAAAGAGUCCUCCCAUCCUGCAGAGGGCAGCGUCUGCAGUACGGAUCAGGACACUUUCUGGGUUUAUGCCAAUCAAAACCAGCUUAAAGUUGAACUUGGCCCAGAAGGAGAAGAUAAGUGUGCGGUUGAAGAAGAAACAAAUAUUUGCAACCUUCAGCCUCUAAAGCCAAACUCUGCAGCUGAUGAGAGCAACACUGUGAACAAGGAAACCACAGGAAACAACAGCCAACAGGAGGAGAAAGGAAUUUUGUGUUCGCCUGUCAGACAGAGAGAUCUCUCUGUCUAUGAAAGCUUGGAGGGAAGGAUUGGGAAUCUAGAGGAGGAGUGCACCUGCAGCAAGCUGCAUGAUGGAAGCAGGGAUGAAGAAGAGCAGAGGAGCAGGGCUUCAGCGGACAACUGCAGCCUAGCGUCCCAGGAGCCAGGCAGGAAAAAAGAGGGCGACACUUCAACGUGUGUGGAAACAAAUGGGCAGAAACCCACAGUGGUCUGUAAUGGUGCUGAUCCCCCCACCUCUAAUCCUGCCCCUUCUCUGGCAUCCAUGGUAACCGGCCUGCCAUGUCUGGAGGUGGAGGCGGAGAAAGAGGAGGUAGUAGGGCAUGGAGGAGGAGGACAUAAACAGAGUAGGAGUCCAAGGGGAGAGCUGGAGGAGAAAGCUGAGGAGGUGAGGAGCUCCACCGUGGCCACUGAGGAAGGGAGGAAUGAGGAGGAGGAGGAUGAGUUUGGAGUCUUCAUGCAGGCAGAGGGUGAAGCAGCCUGGAGCGAGGGGGUUAACAUGUCUGCCUCUGUGCCUUGUAGAAGCAGAGGGAGUACUGGAAUUGGAAAGCAUUCGAAUAAUGGAGAGGACGACUGGACAGCUUUCCCUCAGGACCCGACGGAUGAAAGCAGGGAUGCUGUGAAACAGUGGUGGCCGGCCAGCGCGGUGGAGGCGUGGAGAGACGGAUCUCCAGCCAAUCACAGUCUGGCGGCUGUCUUUGCUGAUGCAUUCCCCUCGCUGCCUAGUUGUUCUCCAGGUGACUCCUGUGACCUGGAAGCUGUUCCCACACUGACACGGCUCCUCCGGGACGAGGCCAGACAGGAGCAGGGGCUUUUGGACUCUUUCCAUGACUUGAACAAAAUGAUUGGCCAAAGCAACAGGAGAUCCAACAGUGCGUCUCAGAACCUGCUUCUCAAAACUUUGCAGCUGCAGCAGCCACUUCCUGAAAGCAGACCUACUUCCUGGACGAGCAGCCGGCGUCUGUCCCCUGGCCUAUCCUCGGCCAAUCAGCACUCUGCUGCAAAGCGACGACUCUCCUACGACUACAACAGAAACGUCGUGGAGUGAGGCGGCCUCUUGUGCUGAGGAUGGACCGCUGGUUUCUGUGCUUAACCUGAAGGACGGCAGGUUCCUGUGGAGCGUUUGUUUGAUCUAUUAUCUUCCUUUACUCUGGUUUAUUCAAGCCCAGCAGAUAAGGAAGACAGUGAAUAUAAAAUGGAGCGGCUGGUGUCGCCUGUGUUUCGGGAAAGUCGAUGUCGACAGGAGGCAUGUUCUUGUUUCUCACCUCUCCCACCUUUUCCUUCAUCACCUCCCAUCCUGAACUGAACACAGCAGAUCCAAGGUCCUCGCCACCAUGUUGAAAAUGACAAGCAGGAAUAGUAGUCAUUCUCUGCAGAAGAAAAUCAUAUUAAAGCAAAGCUGCUUUUUACUGUAGUCAACUUCUUUCUUCAUGUGAUAUUAAAGCAUUGUUAACAAAACCACUUCCUAGCUGCUAUUUCCACUAAUUGUGUUUUUAGUUGUUUUUCCACCGUUUUGGGAGCCCUGCAUGCUUUCUAAUCUGCUAAACUCUGAAAAAUGGAUUUAAUCUGUUAUGGCUCAGCCAGACCUGUUAUGGAUCUUAAAAUUUUUGGUUAUAAGAAGUGAUUAAAGAUGGAACUCGGUUUUCAAUUUAUGUUCUGAUCAAUCUGUUUAGAUUCAUUCAGUUUGGGUCUCUAAUCAGCAUACGGUCAAAGCUCUUUGUAUAUCUGAUCCUGACCACUGGCUUUUUGUAGCCUUCGGCUAGAAGUGG